AGAGGAAUAAAACAGGAAAAAAAGAAAGGAAGAGAAGGAAAAAGGAGACUAACAAGAUGAAACCCUGUCAAAAAAUUGAAGGAAAACCAGAAAAUGAGAGUGAACCAAAGCUUGAGGAAGAACCAAAGGCUGAGGAAAAGCCAGAGGAUGAAGAAGAGCCAGAGGAGGAGGAGAAAACAGAAGGAACUUUUAGAGAAAAGCUGAUUCAGUCUCUCCAGGAAUUUAAAGAAGAUAUACACAACAGGCAUUUCAGCAAGGAAGUGCUUAGAGAAGUGAAUGAAAUAGAUGAGAUAAGGAGAAUAAGAAACAAGCUUAUAGUCGUGCAUUGGAAGGUUAACCAAAACCAUCCUUAGCUCUAUUUAAUGUAG